GCUCGGGUGACAUGUGGAAACGUCCGACCGCGCGCACCUGCCUGUAAGCUCCCAGCGACACAAGAAAAGUAGAGAAGACAGAGCGCGAAGAGGAAAUAUUCCCCUAAUCACGGAAAGAACGUCUGAUGAGGAGCGGAGAGCAGAGGGCAUCGGGUAGGGAAGAAUGGCAGCACCUGACCUACUGGACCCCAAAUCUGCCACUCACAACACCAAGCCCCGCCUCUCCUUCUCCACCAAGCCAAUCACACUGAACCCCGAGGAGGACUGUGACACCAUCACCACAGUCAUGAAGUGGAAGACAGUGUCUGCCAUAUUCCUGCUGGUGGGGCUGUACCUGGUGAUGGGAGCAGCGGUGUUUAGGACCCUGGAGCAGCCACAUGAAAGUGCCCAGCGGUUGGCUAUUCUGGCCCAGAAACUGGAGUUCCUGUCCAGGCACUCCUGUGUCAACCACAGCCAGCUGGAGGAACUGGUCAGGCAAGUGGUGUCCGCUAUUCGUUCUGGAGUUAAUCCAGCUGGAACACUGACCAAUCAGGGCAGUCUGUGGGACCUUAGCUCCUCCUUCUUCUUUGCUGGGACUGUCAUCACCACCAUCGGUUUCGGGAACAUCUCACCCCACACCGAGGGCGGGCGGAUCUUCUGUAUCGUCUACGCCCUCCUAGGAAUCCCUCUUUUCGGUUUCCUACUGGCUGGUGUUGGGGACCAGCUUGGGACCAUAUUUGGCAAGAGCAUUGCCAAAGUGGAGAAGAUAUUUGUGAAGUGGGACGUGAGCCAGACGAAGAUCCGAGUGACGUCCACCGUCCUCUUUAUCCUCUUCGGCUGCCUGCUCUUCGUGGCGUUGCCGGCCGCCAUCUUUAAGCACAUCGAAGGCUGGAGCGCUCUCGAGUCGCUAUACUUUGUCGUCAUCACCCUGACGACCAUCGGGUUUGGGGACUUUGUCGCAGGUGGUUCUGAGAUUGAGUAUCUGGACUAUUACAAGCCUGUCGUAUGGUUCUGGAUCCUGGUUGGUCUGGCCUAUUUUGCUGCAGUGCUCAGCAUGAUAGGAGACUGGUUAAGAGUCCUUUCCAAGAAGACCAAAGAGGAGGUGGGGGAGAUCCGCGCCCACGCCGCCGAGUGGACAGCCAACGUCUCCGCGGAGUUUAAGGAGACGAGGAGGCGGGUCAGCGUGGAGAUCUACGACAAGUUACAGCGGGCCGCCUCCAUCAAGCGCAAGCUGUCGUCCGAGCUGAGCCUCAACCUCGCCCCGGAGCUGACCAUGCCCAGGAGGGCCCUGUCCAUCGACGAGGAACGGGAGAAGGAGGGGGGGUUGCCGACCAUGACCAGAAAUGGCGGCCUGUUCUUUAACGGCCUCGGGGGCGACCCGGAGGGAGGUGACAUCGUCAUCAUCGAACAUCUCAAAUAAGGUUUGCGGCUUCCACCGUUGGCCUCCGAAAGCCAAACCGUAACUUGCCUCAUCUCCGAUCGCAGCAGACGAAAUAGCAGACCGAUGGCAUCAACAUGAAACAUCUACACACACACCGGAGGGCUAUGAGGCAGUCUAACGUCCAUCACAACCGAACUAUGAUGU